AUGGAUUCUGUCGGGCAUGGCGAGUUGAGAUAUGAGAUUUCUCAAGACGCGUACAUUAAGCUCGUGUUACACGCUCAGAAGCACAAGACGGCGGCGGUCAACGGUGUCUUAGUGGGACGAGUCUCGCCUCGAGACGACGACGUUGUGGAGAUCACUGAUUCCGUCCCUCUCUUUCACUCCCACCUUGGUCUACUCCCCAUUCUCGAGAUCUCGCUUAUCUUGGUAGAAGAGCAUUACAGUGCUCAAGGUCUUGGCAUUGUGGGGUGUUUUCAUGAUAAUGAGAGGUAUGAUGAUGCUGAGCUUAGUGGUGUCGCUAAGAAUAUUGGUGAUCACAUCUGUCGCUACUUUCCCCAAGCUGUUAUACUUUUGUUGGAUAACAAAAAGCUUGAAGUAUUGCCCAAGAAGAUUGACGAAAGACCUGUUAUGCAGCUUUAUGUAAGGGAUGCAUCCAAGAAUUGGGAGCUUGUUGAAUCGGAUGGUGGCAGCCGAUUGGUAACUAAGGAGCCAACAGUGAAUGCACUUCUAUUAGAUUAUAUUACCACUGAGAAAUGGCAGGGUGUUGUGGAUUUUGAUGAUCAUGUUGAUGACAUUAGCAAGAAAGCAUUCUUUUCCAAAUCUCUACUUAUUUUCUCUCAUUCAUCUUUGUGGCUAUGCCAUCGUGAUCAAGUCUCUUAGUCAGAAUAUAUAAUCUGUCACUGUUUUACUAUUACGGGGACUGGCUGAACCCAGAACUAUUAAAGUAUGGAAUGGUUGUAGAUGUCCAGUAUUUUUCGCCAUUUUUCCAGACUGUUUAUGGUCGAUGUCAACCCAUGAUGCAUUUACUUAUGCCGGUUGCCGGGGACAUGACAAGGAUAACAAUAUUUUGUGGGAUCAUGGAGUUUACUGUUUUUCUGAGAAGAAGAUUUUGCGGUGAAAAUAUUCUCUUAAACUAACAUCCAAACUUUGGUUAAAAUUAUUAAGGUCGCUGGUGUUUAUUGUUUCACAAGUGGGAUUGAAAACCCAAUCUGUUUCUAGAUGUCUAUUCUCUCUUUGGUUGUCUAAUUUCAAGAUUUCCCUUUUGUGUCGUUAGGCGUUUGAUAAAAAGAUUUACAAAUAUUUCUUACUAAUUUAUCUAUACAAAUUGAUAUGAGAAUAUGUGAUUGAACGAUUUUGAAGUAAAAAAAAAAAGUAAACAAGUUUUAUCACACUUCCUUACAUGUUGUCACACUAGUUUGAAUAGAUAUAUUAGAAAAUUAUAUUUGUAUAUAUAAUUUAUUCAAAAAAUAUGAUAAGAAUAUUUUACUGUAUCCAUUUAUUACAGACAUUCUACCAUUUUUUUUAAUUUAGAUAAACAUACAUAUGAUAUGAUUCAGGUUCACUUAUUUUUUAUAUGAUACAAGGUCGCUUA